CCCGGCCCCCCGGGCCCCCGGGCCAUGGCCGCCCUGCCGGACUGGAAGGUGCAGCUGCUAGCCCGGCGGCGGCAGGAGGAGGCGGCGGUGCGAGGCCGGGAGCAGGUGGAGCGGGAGCGGCUGACCCAGAUGCCGGCCUGGAAGCGGGGGCUCCUGGAGCGACGCCGGGCCAAGCUGGGGGCCCCCAAGGCCCCGACGGGGCCCGGGCCCCAGGCCCCGGACCGGGAGGCCCCGGACGGGGAGGGCCCGGGGACCCCGGGAGGCGAGGCCUCCGUGCUGCUGGAGGCCAUCGGGCCGGUCCACCAGAACCGCUUCAUCCGCCAGGAGCGCCGGGAGCGCCAGGAACACCACCGGGAACACCACCGGGAACACCACCGGGAACACCAACCCCACCGCCAACAGCGGCACCGGCCAGGGCCCGGCGAUGAACGAAGCCUGGGCCCCGACGGGCCGGGGUCCCGGGAACGGAGGCCCGGCCCAGGGGAGCCCCGCGAUCGGAGGCUGAGCCCCGGAGGGGAGGCCCGGGCCCGAGGGCCCGGCCCAGAAGAAGAGGAGGACGACGACGACGACGAGGAGGAGGAGGAGGAGGAGGCCCGGGAACGGAGGCCGGGACCGGUAGAGGCGGCGGGUUGGCAGCCGGGCCAGCAAGAGGCCCGAGAGCCCAGCCCGGGCCCGGCCCAGCCUGGACGGGCGGAGCCCCGGGAACGGAGGCCAAGGCCAGCCGAGGCCCCGGAGCCGGCUUCGCCGUUUUCCGACGGGCGGGAAGGGCGUCCGGGCCGCGGGGAAGGCCGAGCCCCGAGCCCGAGCCCGAGCCCGAGCCCCGGCCCGACGGCGGGCCCAGCGGAGGCCCAGGCCCAGACCCAGACCCCUUUGGGGGCGGAGGCCCAGGCCCAGACCCCCUUAGGGGCGGAGGCCCAGGCCCAGACCCCCUUGGGGGCGGAGGCCCGGGGCCGGAGCCCGGCCCCGAGGGAGGCCGAGGAGGAGGAAGAGGAAGCCGGCGGGGCCCCGCCCCCGCCCCCUCCCCCGGCCCCUCCGCCGCCCAGGGACCCCCUGAUGAGCCGCCUGUUCUACGGGGUGAAGGCCGGGCCGGGGGCGGCCGGGCCGGGCCCCCCGCGCCGCAGCGGCCACACCUUCACCCCCGGGCCCCCCGCCGCCGCCUUCCCCCCCGCCGGCGCCCCGGCCCCCGGGCCCGGCCCGGGCAGGAAGCGCUACCCCACGGUGGACGAAAUCCUGGUCCUGGGGGGUUACCUCACCCUCAGCCGCAGCUGCCUCGCCAAGGGGACCCCGGAGACCAACCGCAAGCAGCUCAGCAUCUCCUUCAGCGAGACGGCCCUGGAGACCACCUACCAGUACCCCUCGGAGAGUGCCAUGCUGGAGGAGCUGGGGCCCGAGCCCCCGGCGGCCCCCGCCGUGGGGGAGGAGGAGGAGGAAGAGGAGGAGGAGGACGAGGAGGCGGCGGCGCUGCUGCAGCAGGAGCUGCAGGGGGGUCUCGGCACCAAGGCGCUGCUCGUCGACGAAUCCUGCCGCCGGUGACCCUCCCAGUUCUGCAGGCCGGAGGGAGGGGGAAGGGCCAGUACUCAGGGGGUUUCCAGUCUUCGCAGCGGCCUCUGGGUCCACAGCCCCCACGACGAGGAACCGGUAACUGAGGACACGGUCCCAGCCCAGGCUGGAUUGGGGCGGUUGGCCCCGGAACUGGAGGUCCAAGCUCAAAGCGUUCUGAACUUUCUGCAGGGCGCUGCCGAUGGGUAGGCAGGGCCUGAAGACACCCCUGCGGGCCAGGGUCCCCCCCGGGGCGGGGAGGGGAGAGGGGGCCUACUGGAUCCAGAAAGGGAAGUUUUCCCGCCUUGGUCAGUGGGGACCCCCCUUCCCCAGGAUUUCUCUGGGCCGAAGCCUCUCCCCCCGCCUGCCCCUCCUGCUGCGGUUUACAGGCUCUUCCCCGGGGGGGGCCGGGCACCCCCUCCCUCCGAGUCUCCACCCACUCGUGUUUACAAGCCCCGCUCCCCCUUUGGCUUGCCAAAAAUCCCUCCCCUGGUUUACACAGACCGGGUGGUCGCUCCUGCUGUGACCCAAGUCCCCGUGGCCUCCUGGGGUGGGGGCAGAGCCCCCCCCCCCUCCAUCCCCUUACCCCUCCCGGGCCGGGCGCGGGCGGCCCCCAGAUGGUUCCCCGUGCCAGCCCUCCGCUUAUUUAAGGCUCCGCUCUGGCCCCGGCCCCCUGGCUCUGAGCACGGCCGCGCGGGACGGCCCGGUCAGGGGCCCCGCACCCCGACCCCGUCACUACGUCCAUACUGGAUCUGUGCGGUUUUUUUUUUAAUUUUCCAUAAUAAAACGGGAGUUGAUUCUGCA